CAGGAUCAGUUUGACUUCUAAGAACUAAAAAGAAUUCAUUAAAACAGUACAAGAAUAACUUUUCUGGCCCCUUGUAAGAUGCUGAAGAUGCAUAUGCCUAAAUGAGUAACAGCUGCUGUGCUCAUACUUGUGUUAUGGCCAAACAAAGCAUUUCUUCCCAAUUUUAAAACAUUCAAUAGCCUAGUUUCCUGUCGUUGCUUUAAAGGGAAACUUUCACAAUGUCCGGAGGCCUUGAUGUUCUACAGAUGAAGGAGGAAGAUGUCCUCAAAUUCCUUGCUGCAGGAACCCAUUUGGGAGGCACCAAUCUAGAUUUUCAGAUGGAACAGUAUAUAUAUAAAAGAAAAAGUGAUGGUAUUUACAUCAUCAAUCUGAAGAGAACCUGGGAAAAACUGCUCUUAGCAGCCCGUGCCAUUGUUGCUAUUGAGAAUCCAGCUGAUGUCAGUGUUAUUUCUUCCAGGAAUACUGGACAGCGUGCUGUUUUGAAAUUUGCUGCAGCUACUGGUGCAACUCCAAGUGCUGGCCGGUUUACUCCUGGCACAUUUACCAAUCAGAUCCAGGCUGCUUUUCGUGAACCUCGCCUUUUGGUGGUCACUGAUCCAAGAGCUGAUCACCAGCCGCUGACUGAAGCAUCAUAUGUAAACAUUCCCACCAUUGCCUUGUGCAAUACAGAUUCUCCCCUGCGUUAUGUGGAUAUUGCUAUUCCCUGCAACAACAAGGGAGCUCACUCAGUUGGUCUGAUGUGGUGGAUGUUGGCUCGUGAAGUCCUGCGAAUGCGUGGCACUAUUUCCCGUGAACAUCCAUGGGAAGUUAUGCCUGAUCUCUACUUCUACCGAGAUCCUGAAGAGAUUGAAAAAGAAGAGCAAGCUGCAGCUGAUAAGGCAGUUACCAAGGAGGAGUUCCAGGGUGAAUGGACAGCACCUGCCCCUGAAUUCACUGCACCUCCACAACCUGAGGUGUCUGACUGGUCUGAAGGGGUACAAGUGCCUUCGGUCCCAAUACAGCCUUACCCCACUGAGGAUUGGAGUUCACAGACUGCCACUGAAGACUGGUCAGCAGCUCCCACUGCUCAGGCUACUGAGUGGGUUGGUACUGCCACAGAAUGGUCCUGAUUAAGCAAUAACAAUUCAAGAAUUACAGUUGAAGAAUAAAAUAUCUUCCUUGUUAACUGA